GCUGCUCCACGACGGCCCCAUAAGGUGUGCUCGCGCCCAUGGCUCGCCAGCGAAUAUCCAGUCCGCACAAAAGUUGACGGCCCACUUUCUUCGACCUCUUCCACCCUCUGGUUCACACAUUUGUUCCUCUCCUACCCUCCACGCAUCGAUAAAGUCUCUGGUCCAUCUCUUGUUCUCGGCGACUUGCUCUCACGCGCUCUGCCAUCCAUCCUUCCUCUCACCCCCGACUUGACUCAGCCUUGCCCAGUCACUCGAGCCUUUUUCUUCUCCUUCCUCGCCAUCAAUCUCGUCCUCGACGUACCCGUCGACACCACCCGGACCUUACUUUCGUUGUGCCCCACAAGACAAGUCCCGCUCAGCCCCGCGCACCAUGUCUGCCGAAGAUACGGGUAGCAGUGUAACCGUUGAGUGCGACUCCGGCAACGAGUACAAUGGCAGCCUGGGCCUGCGCAUCAGCUCCAUCUUUGUCAUUCUCAUCGGCAGUCUCCUCGGCGCCGUUGUCCCCAUCGCGCUUGCUAGGUCCAAACGAAUGCGGGUCCCCAAGACGGCCUUCUUCGUCGCAAAGUACUUUGGCUCCGGCGUCAUCAUAGCCACGGCAUUCAUCCACCUCCUCGCUCCCGCCAACGAGGCCCUUGGAUCGGAAUGCUUCCCUGAUGACUCCGCCAUCAAGUCUUACUCCUGGGCCGAGGGUAUUGCUCUCAUGACCGUCUUCUCCAUGUUUUUCAUCGAGCUGCUUGCGAGCCGGUUCGAAUGGAACAUCAAUCUCGGCCAUAGCCACGAUCCAUCGGUGGAGUUCACGUCGCCGUCCUUUAAGAAAGGAGGCGACGAGGAGAGCGGGAGCGGCCGGGUUCCCAGCAGCACGGCCGCGGCCCCAGCCAGCAACCCGCAUUCCGGCUUCACAACCGAGGUCACCUACCCUCCCGGAGGCGAAGACCACCUCGGCCACAAGCGAGAGCACAUCGAUCCCGAGUCUUUUGCCGCGCAGAUGACGGCCUUGUUCAUCCUCGAGUUCGGCGUCAUCUUCCAUAGCAUCUUCAUCGGCCUUACGCUCGCCGUGGCCGGUGACGAGUUCACCGUCCUAUACAUCGUCCUCGUCUUCCAUCAGUCCUUCGAGGGCCUCGGUCUCGGCUCCCGGCUGGCUGUCGCCCAGUGGCCCGAGGGCAAGGAGUGGCUGCCCUAUGUCCUCGGCACCGCGUACGCUCUCUCAACCCCGAUCGCCAUUGCUUGCGGCCUUGGUGUAAGGCAGACCCUCGAGCCUGGCAGCCUGACGACCCUGACUGUCAAUGGUGUUUUUGACUCGAUUUCCGCCGGCAUCUUGAUUUACACUGGGCUGGUCGAGCUCAUGGCCCACGAGUUCAUGUUCAACACAGAGAUGCGAAAGAGCAGCAUCGGCAUGACCCUCUCGGCCUUCGGGUGCAUGUGUCUUGGCGCCGGUUUGAUGGCCCUUCUUGGCAAGUGGGCGUGAGCCGGCAGAUUCGCUGACUUCUGGGGGGACUUUUUUGUUUCACUCCGCAGAAGCGGAACCUGGAAUAACCUGGCCAGGACCCUGUUCGACUCUUCUCGACUACGGGGUAUUCAGCUCAAUAAUUGCAUGCUCAUUGGUGGAAUCAGUUUGUUGAUUUGCGAUUUGCGAUUUGUGAUGGACGGGGUUUUGCUAGACUAGACGAUGCGAUACCCAAGGGCGUGCUUCAGGCCAAUCAUCUAAUGAGAG